AUGGUUUGUGAUCGCUGUCGGGGUGGCAAGGCUCAAAUCCAGCGGCUGCGAGACCGUCACCGUUUGUGCAAGGCGUGCUUCUUCGCGGAGUUCGAACGAGAGGUACACGAGACCAUUGUGCACCACGAUCUCUUUCAGGUUGGUGAACGUAUUGCGAUCGCUAUCUCUGGAGGGAAGGACUCAGUCGUACUUGCGCAUGUCUUAAAAGAGCUCAACGAGCGUCACCAGUACGGUCUAGAGCUCGUGCUGCUCGCCAUCGAUGAGGGUAUUCACGGGUAUCGUGACGCUUCUCUCGCAGCUGUGAAACGUAACAGUUCAGCCUUGGGACUUCCCCUCGUAUCACUUUCCUACGACGAGCUGUACGAUGGUUGGACCAUGGACCGUGUUGUUUCGCAGAUAGGUCGAACGAACAACUGCACGUUUUGCGGCGUUUUCCGUCGUCAGGCGCUGGAACGCGGAGCGCGACACAUUCGAGCGAACAAACUCGCAACCGGCCACAACGCGGACGAUAUGGCGGAGACGGUAUUUCUGAACCUCGUUCGAGGCGAUUCAGCGCGUUUGCGCCACAGCGCGGACGUCAUGACGGGUGCGCUAGCGAACGGCGGCACGUCGCCCGACGAGACGGUGCACUGGCUGCCCCGGGUGAAGCCACUCCUGUAUAUGUAUGAGAAGGAGAUUGUUAUGUAUGCGUAUUGGAAACGGCUGGACUACUUCGCCACGGAGUGUGUUUACGCUCCAAACGCAUUCCGGGCGUUCGCACGCGACCUUGUGAAGGAACUCGAAGCGCUUCGCCCACGGGCAAUCAUAGACACGCUGACAGCGGCUCAGGCGCUCAGCAGACAUGCGGAUGGUGUUUCUGCUGUAGGUACUGUAACCGCUGUGAAACAAUGCGCGCGUUGUGGCUAUGUGAGCAGUCAAGUAAUCUGCAAGGCAUGUAUCUUGCUGGAACACCUUCGUCGAGGCACUGGAAAGGAAGCUACACAUCGUCAUGCGACGCGAAGCGUUUUCAGUGCAAGCGAUCAGACGAGUUGCACUGAGUCUUGUGCGGCCGACCAAUGCAAGUGUCCGUGA